GUUUGAAGGCUCCAGGUACAGGAGAAGGAAGACAGGACAGCAAGAGUCUUGCUUGUCACAGCCUCAGGCAGAUUGCAAGGAUUUCCUCUAGGCUGGUGAGUGGGUAGCAAAAGCCAUCCCCUCUUGCCCCAUCACACAUGUGGCAUGGAUGUUUGCAGCUCCAGCCUGCAAUUCCCUCCCUCUAGCUGGAAAAUGGUUAACACUGAUUCCUUCUGGUGUAAUUCUCAUAUGACUGACCGCAGAACUAUUAAUACCUGAACCCAGAGCUGCUUCAGCCAAACAACUCACUCCCUCCAGGGGGAAGAAAACCACAACUUCUCCUACCCCUGGAAAAACCUUUUGUCAGUGCAAGGCCAGCAGCUCAGAUGCAACGGGAGGGGUCUGGCUUGCUGAUGCCCCUCAGGGGAGAGCUCUGAGCAGCAUGAGAGAGCUCGGCUUGGUGCUCCUGUGCCUCCUGCGCCUCUCCAGGAAGGGUGUGCAGUGCAGUGGCUGGUCUGUCCACGUCCCGUCUGACGUCACUGGAGAGCUUGGGAAGAUGGUUAUCCUGCCCUGCACCUUCACACACCCCUACAAAACAUUUGACCGUGCCCUCACGGCCAUCUGGAGGAUCAAGGAGCCCUACAACGGCACGGUGAUCUUCAAGUGUGUGAGCCAGAGCAGCAGCGAGCUCUGCAGGACUGCCAUCAGCCACAAGAACAAGUACAAACUGCUGGGCAACCCCCGGCACAAGGACCUGUCCAUCAGGGUGGACAACCUGACCUGGAGCGACAGCGAGAGGUACUUCUGCCGGGUGGAGCUGGCCGGAGAUGUCCAGGACAAGUACGAGAGCAGGAAUGGGAUAAAGCUGCACGUGAUUGCCGCCCCCAGGAUCAUUAACAUCACGGUCAGCUCCAGCAGGGACCACACCUUCCAGGCCCACUGCAUGGCCGAGGGGGAGCCAGCGCCCACCCUGACCUGGACGGGACCCCCCUACAGCAGCCUGGGCUCCAGCAGCAGCUCCAGCCACCGCGUCACCAAGGAGCUGCACUCCCUGACCCACGACGGGAAAUACACCUGCACGGCCGUCAACAGCCACGGCAGGGCAGAGGGGGCCGUCUACUUCUACAAAUUCAGGGCCUCCGACAGCUCCUCCUUCAUGGUCCUGGUCUUUGUCCCGCUGGGAAUCAAGGUGGUCAUUUUGCUGGCGAUACUGAGCUUCACUGCUUUCUCCAGAGAAGGUCCCCCCUCUGCUCCACCCAGCCUGGCCAGGCCCCAGCAGCCGGAGUGCACCUACGAGAACUGCGAGCACAGAGGCAGCCGGAGCCGGCCCGCGGCUGGGGCAGCGCCCCGGCGCAGCUGAGGGGCCACAGGCACCAUCCCCACGGAGCUGCUGCCUUCCCCAGGGAGCACAGGGGUCACACCAGCCUCGGGGAGGCUGGAGCUCCAUCACCUCCAAGGGCCCUGCCACGGCGCUACGAGUUCCAGCUCUGCUCCUCCUCACAAGUGAGAGCAGCCUUUAUGGGGGAAAAAGAAAGAGUAAUGGAGCUGGAAGGACAAAACAUGGUCAGUUGUAACUUACCUGUGUUUUCAGCCCCUUAUCAAAUAUUUAAGCAAGCAGGCAAUGGUAUAAAAUUGCCUCAGAGCUUUUUGCUUUGGUAUUUUUCAAACAUCACUCUGAAAAGCUUUUUCACCACUCCGCUUCUCCAACCACAUCCAAGUGGGCUACUGACAUGACAGAAAUCCUAGCUGUGGCAAAACACCACUGGGAUUUCUGAUGGGCUUGCUCCUUUUUUAGAAUCAUUGUUAUUAUUAUUUCUAAACACCCAGAAGAGUUUAUUUUAAAGGAAACCUUAACUUUAAAGAGGACUCCAAGCAAAAAGACAUUUUCCAAAAACUGGUAGAGCUGAAAGCACGACAUGAGAAAUCUAAACUAGUCUAUGUUCUAACUCUGCUUCAGCUCCCAGUGCCCAGAAACUCAAGAGCUUUAUGAUAAAUGUCCCAAUACACAAAAUUGUUGGGUUGUUGGGGUUUUUUUAUAGUUAAAAAAUAUUUCUAAACCAUUUCCACCUCUGUGUUACAUAAAGGAGUUGCUUUAAGGUCUGGCUACUCAUUUCCUAAAUCUCUCUCUUCUGAGAUGAAGUCACUACUGCAAAAUCACAAAGGCCAGCCACAGAGAAAUCUCUUACCCAACUAUAAACAUCCUCCAAGAUCAGGUGAACAGAUCCAGCUUAUGGUACAGGGCAAUGUGGGUCAACCUGGAGUCCUGGAGAGGCAGCCCAGGAUAGGGCUGGAGGCAGCAACAGGUUGGCUUAGAUGAGGAGGAAAAGAAAGAAUUAUGAAAGCAGGUGGCUUGAACUUACUUUCAUGUUUAUACUGCUGGAUUUGAUGCUGUGUGCAACCAUCCCAGGGCAGCAGCUCCAAAACUGCUCCCCAAACAAUCCUGCUCCUGGUAACAGCCACGAAACUGCUACUGAAAUACCAUCAAGCUUGCAGGCCCAACCCCAGGCUGGGAAUCAUUAUUUUAAAGUUCACCUCUUCAUAUGAUCUGCACCAGGAGAGCAGAGCAGAAUUUUAAAUUACUUGGCCAGAAUGAUAAGGGGGAAAGAAAAAAUAAAUGGGAGGAUAUAUUUGAACCUGAUCUUUUAAAUCCCUACUUAAAAUUCCAGCAGUGACAAAGCCAGAUUUAAUAAAAAAUAAGAGAUGCAAAGAGAAAAGGGAAGUUAUAGCAGACAGUGUAGUCACAGACCUGUAAGCUCAGUUUCACAGGUGUCACAGAGGAAAGAUAUCUCAGAGAUAGCAGUUGGACAAACUGAAUUGGAUUUCUGAGCCCUUAUGAUUUACAGACAUAACAGUAAUGAGAACUCACUUCUCCCUGUGCAUGGGAUUUAGGCUUGGCUUUCUGAUUUUUUCUCUAAAAAAGUUACUUCUUAAUUCAAGUAGUUUGGGUCCAAAUAGAAGCAUCAGACCUUGUGUCCCAAAACCAACUAGUUCCCCCUGGUCCUCAUGGGAGACUCAAACACCCACUCAAACCAGUAUAAACUGGAGGGACAAAACACAGCAGUGCACCCACCAGGAUGCUUCUGGUAUUGAACUCAUCUGGGAGACACAGGGAAUGCCAAAGCCCUUCCAGUAAAACUAGAAGGAAUAAAAAGUCAAUCAGUUGGGCACCACUUGGAAAACAAGGCCCCAGGCUCUGGAGUUCACAUGUGCACAGAGAACUGCAAUACAGGUCCAGACUUCAGCCACUGCCACGCUGAUCAUGAAGGCACAAGACUGAUCUGCAGGGGGCACAUGCAGCAAUUAUGUGUGGUCUGAUGUGGGUCCUUCUACCAAGCUGAAAAUAUCACAGUGUCUGUCACCAACUGCUUGAUUUUCCGUUUUUAUUUUGCAUGGUCUUUGCAGACAGAGCAUGUUAUAAAUACAACAUUUGUAAAAACUCAACAGCUGAAACAAUUCUUCAUUUUGAAAGUGCAUGUCAAACACGUACUUCUGACUUCUUCACAUUUAUAUGCAACUGAUCAAUAACAUUUAACCUAAUAAACCCAGUGCUUUUAAGUCUUUGGGGGGAAAAGCAGCAGAAUGAAUUCCAGACAUGAAUUUUCCAAAAGAGUCUGUUAAAAACCAUGCUGCAUUGGUAUCUGGUUACUAUACAGAGGGAUGUACAUAUAUAUAUUUAUUUAUAGGCUCGCAGAUAGAGCAAAGAACUCUAAGACCACAUUAAAAUGACGGUGAUCUAAUGACCCAGCUGGCAUAAUUAGCAGAAUCUGCCAAGAAGGAAAAGGUGAUCUGUCCUCUAGCACCAGAACCAUGGUUUAAGAGCAACAGCUCAAAGCAUCAUUGACCAGUAGGUAGCACAUUUCUAUCCCCUAUUGACCAGAACUCAUGUUUUAACGUGCAACCAUGUCAAAAAACACAAAGGCACAAUUAAUGGAGGAAGAGAAAAAGUGAUCAGUUCCUUCACAGAGCUGUAGGGACUGGGACUGCAGGACCUUGGAACAGAUCAGUGAUUAAAGGGACAUCAAAGAAGCACCAGGAAAAAUUCGCCUUCUGCUUUUCCUAAACAAAAGUGCAUCCUGUGAUCACACAAGGCAACAAAACCAGUGAUCAUUCGGCUGAAACAACAGAUUUACAGGCUCAUGGUUCAUGCUUUGGCAACAGAAUUUUAACAAGUGAUCAACAAACUGAAUGCAACAAAAAUGCCUCUUCACAGUGUCAUCUAAAAUCUUGUCAUGUCAUGUCCAGCCAGGCAGAAGAAAAUAAGCUUUAAGUGGUGGUUGUUAAACUUUUCCUAAACAACCUGACUUAGGAAUUAAGGAAUCCUAUUUAACAUGAUCGUAACUGACUGUUCCCCUCUCAGACACUGGAGAUCCAGAAAAUAUGUCUCUGGACUUAAAUCCCCUUGAACUUGGCUUGAAGUUACUUGCAUUUAAUCAAGCAAUACAGAUGCAGACACACUAUAUUUAGAAAACAGGAAAAAACAAUGUUCUUAGUUCCCAUUUGUGCUGAUAUUUACAGAAGUGGGUAAAGAUUGUAGGCAUGCUCUAAACUACGGAUUUCUGUGGGAUAGCAAAAAAGUCAAGAUUUAAAAUACCAUCCUUUCAAAUACAGGGAUUUCACAAAAAUUGCUAGACACACACACUCAUCAGGUAAGACUCAGAGGUACCCUGGUUAAGAAAGUCAAACCUCUUUUACACACAAUCCUCCACUCACUUUUGAACUGGCCUGAAUGAUGACACACUGGAAAAUUAAAAAAGGCACCAAGCAAAAACUUCAGACACUACAGGAUGAGCUGUGCUGACUAGUGAUUUGUACACCUAUCCCCAGGCACCCUUCUCUCCAAAGGACACCACACACAGAAGAUAUUCAAGUGCUUUCAGUCAAAAAAA